AUCGCCAAAAUUAAAAGCUUCAAAGUUUCCUGUUAUUCGUUUGGUCGGCAUGGUUACCAUGUUCAGCAUAGGCGAAGCAAGCCACGUGAGUCACGUUUUGUUUCAUUCGCACGUCAUUAUCAAUAGGAACUUCGCGUUCCUCGCUGGAUUUUGUUUUGUCUCCUGCGAUGAUUCUCGUCUCGUCAUGGCAAACCAGGAUGAAACGAAUAUCACUUGCAGCUGCUGGAACACUCUUGAAGAUGCAGAAGAGACAAGAAGCAGCUCUAAUGAUCACCCUAAUAUUCAUGAAAUUGACGAGGAAGAGAGCGAGACAGAAGAAACGGCUUUAGAGCGCCUAAGUCCUUCCAUUUCGAACGAGAAAGAUGAUCAAAUUGCACAGAAGACUAAAGAGACGUCAGACAAUGAGUCCGUAUACACAGGCGAAUCUUUUUGCUCCGACGAGUCUUGCGACGAAAUCACGAAUGUCACGUUGGAAUCGCUGAAUUCCUCCUCUAUGAUCCAUGUCACUGAUCUUCAGCUUAGCCAGAGUCCGGAGGAACAGAAUAUCAGAAUGAGUGAGUGGAAGGACGAGGAUGAAUCUUAUUCGCUCAGUGACGAAUUAUCUCGCGCCGUUACGACGGAUAGGGAUAACGGGUUCGUUAAGUCAAGAAAGUGUAGACGAUGGAACAUGAGCUUCACUGACGAAGAGAUGCGUAAGAUCGAGCGGGAGAAUGAGCUGCUGCUGAGGAAGAUCAUGGCGCAGCAGAAACCGCGGCAUAAAAUCCUCGGCGAGGGUGUUGUUCAGUCCAAAAUUAGCAGCUCCGCGGUAAACAGGAAGAAAUUGCAAAAGAAGAUAGAAAAUGAUAAUAUGCUGCUCCUCAGAAGAAUACAACAAGCAAAGCCAUGUGUUUUCGCAAAUGCAUCGAAAGUGGGUUGUAGAUUGACUUUUUUGUAAAGUAAUAAUUUUUUAUAAUAUUUAAAAGAAUUUUGUGUUACCUCGUUACGAAACACAGAUCAAUCAAUCGCAUCAACUGACUGAAAUUUAAUAAAUUAUCAUUAAGCUACUUGUAGAGGAAGUAAUGGGGAAUCAUCAAAGUUAUACCUUGUUUUAGCAUACGUAAUAUAUAUGUAAAUUGCAAUAGUUUCAAUUUCGAUAACAUAGUUGAAAAAAACGUCAAAAUAGAACUUGCCAUUUUUUUGUAACUAUUUGAUAAAUCAUCAGUGAUCUAAUUCACAACUUUUUUUGCAUUAAACUUCAUAUUAAUCAUGAAUAUUUUAUUAAUCGGCCAACACCAAAAAAUUCUUGUUGGAAGCCCUAAUAACUUAUUUAAUUUCAAUUACAAUACAAAUUCUUCAGCACAUGUAAUUAAAAUAUGACAAAGUAUGUGAAAAAGCUUUUUUUUGCAACUGUAAUUGCAAAUUUUUUAAAAUUAACAUAAUGGGGCAACUUGGAAAUCUGAAUUCAUAUUUAAUAUUCAAAGAAUUAUUGAAAAUAAAUAAUCUGAUAUUGAAA